AUGGAAGUGAAUGGGACGGUGGUACAUCUCGUGCCAUUGCCAAUGACUUUUGCGACUCUGACUUUGUCGUUGUUCGGAUUUUUUGGGAACUUGCUCAUUGUAUUGUCUGCGGUUAUCUCCAAAAGUCUACAAAGUCGAUGCCAAAUAUGUAUUGCAAUACUAGCUGGUGCUGACAUGAUUGUCUGUGCAUAUUUGGUUCAAUUACGUGUUCUAAUGCUUAAUGGUUACUACAUGAUUCCAAACUCAUUUUGCUUUCUAUCAAGUAUUCAUGGGUUAUUCUUCUUAAAUAUACAGUCAGGAAUGGGAGUAGUGUUAGGCGUUGAUCGCGUUCUGGCUGUAUCAUUUCCAUUAAAAUAUGGAAAGAUAUCGCCAUUCAUUUACAUUUUGAUGGUCAUUAUCGUUAUAAUAUAUGCUACUGUUUUAACCUUAUUAGGGUUUUUUGAUAUGAAUGAUUCUAUUAUACCGAUUUGUUUGCCUCCCACAGCUUAUAGUCCAAAAUCGAGACUCAUAUGGAUUGGAGCAAGUUUCUUCUUAGCUGUAGUAGUUAUAAUUGUUUAUGGAAUAGCUCACAUAAUGUGUCAUCGAAUGAAAGCAAAAUAUACUCAAGAACCAAGUAUUGUAAGAGUUCGACGUCUUCUAUAUUCUCUAUCUCUGGUUGUCGGAGUGUACUUCUCAACCUGGUUUUUGACCGUUCUGGCUCUAAUGUGCACUCAGUUCUUGCCUAUGUCAAUCUCACUCGUGCAAUUAAUAAAUCAACAACUAGCUUGGCUUGUAAUCAUCAAUUCAUCAACAAACUUUCUCAUAUAUUUCUGGAGAUCUCCAGAAUACCGAAAAGCAUUUAUGUAUCUCUUGUCAAUUGGAUUUGCUCCACAUCCUAGUGGAUUGGACACCCGCGUCCGCACCUUGCCUAGCAAUCAAAGUUCUAACAGCCGUUUAUGA